AUGAAGGGAACUCACAGCCACAGCUACAGAAGGAGAUGGAGCAAUGCUUACAUAGUAAUGGCAAUUGUGUGUUGUGUUUUUGGAUGUGGAAUUCUUGGCCUAAUGGGAAUCCAUAGGCUUAAAGAGAGAAGCUCUUUCUCACUCAUGAUCAAGGAAAAGGAUGACCAAAUCCUCUCCCUCCAUCUCCUCUUGCAGAAGGAGAGGGAGCGUGUGGCGGAGACGAGGAGGAAGGCGGAGGAGAUGCGGACGAACAUGGCGAGCCUCGGGUCUCAGAAGGCAGAGCUCAGCGCCAAGGUGUCGGAGAUGCUGUCGACGAUUUCGUCUCUGAGAGAGGAGCAGAGGGCGGUCGAGUCGGCCUUCCAGGAGAAGUAUGCGCAGAUGAAUGACCAGAGCCGCCUUCAGGUUGAGGCUCUCAAGGAGGCGGUGAGGCGGAAGGAAGGCGAAAUCGAGGAUCUGAGCCUUCGCCUGGCGGCAUCGAAUGCGACAGUGGCGGAGGCGGACGCGACGGGGAGUGGAGGAGGGAAGAGUGCGUCGGCAGAAACGGAGGCGGUGAACGACACGAGCUCGGAAAAUGAUGCGACGAGAGGGAAGGGUGAUGGCGCGGAUGAUCGGGAAUCGGAGGUGCGGGGAAGCACUCGUAGAUUCAGAGGGAAACGCGGGUAUCUGAGGCGGGCUAAGGGGAGGAGAUGGAGAUCGAUUGGGAAGCAAGCGCAAGUGAGGAAGAGCGACGGAGAUUCAACGAUGGCGGAUGGUGCACUCAGAAACACGAGCACGGAGCAAACUCAUGCGUCGCUGGAAGAGCUGGCCGAGGGCUCGGAGAGGAAGACAGAGGGCGGGCGCGAACAAGAGAAUGAGCAGCCGAGAGAUGAGACUGCGGAGGAUGGAAACGGGCACCAGCAACGAAAAGGAGCUGCUGAGAGAAGUGCAGAAGAGAGAGAUGUUAGAGGUGCUGAUGAAAGUGAAGACAAGGAAGAAACAGAGGAGACUGAGUUUUAG